AACUGAGGUGUUUGUGUCUGGCGCCUGUCGUUUUGACUCUCACAGGACUCCACAGUUAUACUUGAUAAUGAAGAUUGAAGAGGUUCGGAGUACAUCGAAAACUCAAAGAAUAGCUGCUCACACGCAUGUAAAGGGACUUGGCUUAGAUGAAAGUGGCACUGCCUUAUCAAAUGCUUGUGGUCUAGUUGGUCAGGAGUGUGCUCGUGAGGCGGCCGGUAUUGUAGUUGAGAUGAUCCGAUCAAAGAAAAUGGCUGGACGAGCUGUUCUGAUGGCAGGACCUCCAGGUACAGGCAAGACUGCAAUAGCUCUAGCUAUUGCUCAGGAUCUCGGUGGUAAAGUCCCUUUUUGCCCAAUGGUUGGGAGUGAGGUAUACUCUUCUGAAAUCAAAAAGACAGAAGUUUUAAUGGAGAACUUUAGGCGAGCAAUAGGCUUGCGCAUAAAGGAAAUCAAAGAAGUGUACGAAGGGGAAGUAACAGAGUUAACACCUAUAGAAACGGAAAGCCCUACUGGGGGUUUCGGAAAAACGAUUAGUCACGUAAUUAUCAGUUUGCGCACUGCCAAAGGUGUAAAGCAGUUAAAGUUGGACCCAUGUAUUUACGAAAGUCUUCAAAAGGAGCAUGUUGAGGUUGGGGAUGUGAUUUACAUUGAGGCGAACUCAGGUGCAGUCAAACGACAAGGAAGAUGUGAUGUCUACACAGCGGAAUAUGACUUAGAGGCAGACGAGUAUGUUCCUCUCCCAAAGGGUGAGGUUCAUAAGAAAAAGGACGUUGUGCAGGAUGUCACACUGCAUGAUUUGGAUGUCGCUAAUGCCAGACCACAAGGAGGACAAGAUAUUGUCUCCAUGAUGGGUCAGCUCAUGAAACCCAAGAAGACAGAAAUCACAGAUAAACUAAGAAAAGAGAUCAACAAGGUUGUAAACAAAUACAUUGAUCAAGGUAUCGCUGAAUUGGUCCCUGGCGUGUUGUUUAUCGAUGAGGUACAUAUGCUGGAUAUAGAGUGUUUCACCUAUCUACAUCGAGCAUUGGAAUCAACAAUUGCACCCAUCGUCAUCUUUGCUACCAAUCGUGGAAAAUGUACGAUUAGGGGGACUGAAGAUAUUAUUUCUCCUCAUGGAAUCCCGCUAGAUUUACUCGAUCGUGUUAUGAUUAUACGCACUCUUCCGUAUUCUUGUGAAGAAGUUAUCCAAAUCCUACGAAUACGUGCACAAACCGAAGGUAUAAAAGUAUCAGAGCAAGCAUUUACAUGUCUUGCAACAGUUGCUACAGAUACAACUCUACGGUAUGCAGUUCAGCUUUUGACUCCAGCGUGUCGUCUUGCUCAGUUAGGUGGUCGAGAUGAAGUUGAACCUUCAGAUAUUGAAGAAGUGAGAUCUCUGUUUCUCAAUGCAAAACAAUCCGCUAAAAUACUUGCAGAACAUGAGAGUCAGUUCAUGCGGUGAACAUUUUAUCAUCAGAAUAUUAAAAUCGUUUUAUAGACGAAAAAUAUACAAAUAUUGAUCAAUUGUCUUUCGACUCUUCUACUCAAGUUCUUAAAUGAACUACUACUACUUGCUACUGGCAGGUGGAAAUAACAGAAAGCGCAUAGACGAAUGACUAGUAAAGUUUAGAUUAUUGUGCUAUGAGACAUGCAACCUUAUGGUCUGUGCAUAUGUAUGCGUUGCUACAGUCAACAGUCAUAUAUGACUAUUAGUGUAGUGUACGAACCCGUAUCUAGAUUGUCUACAUUCACGGGUGCCCACUGCUAAGAACUCCCGUAAUAGGUCGGGACACCUGUCAAAUUGUGAUGAAAACUACCUUAAAAUCAGUCAAUCCUCACAAACCAUCAACUGAACUAAAUAAUUUUGUGAUCAGAAACAGUGAUGUACUUCGGCUACACCGUCGUUUUGUCGGUUGACUUGAAUGGUAUGCCAUUGUGUAUUUUUUUUAAUUGGUUUAUUUCAGUACUCGCUACUCACAUUUCUGGGAUAAUACAAGAUCAUAUCUAGUCUUAUUAAAAAUCGUUGAUACCACACCCAGCCACGGGGAAAUUUGACUCUCACUGUAAAACUUCCAAGCUGAUCAUUCACCCUCACUGCAAGCAAGUUUGCCGAUGCAUCCAGUUAGGAUGAAACGGUUUUUACGCUAGUUAGCUUGGUUACUUUACAAAUGUUCACCAGUUAUACUUCGUUUGCUCAGUUG